UCGGCCUUCCCUCCCGUCACAAGUACCGCGGUGUGGGCGCCCACAUGUCACUGACCGCGUACGCGCCCGGCGCAAGCCUCCUCCGGCGGUCGCACCUCGGCGGGAUGAGGACGCCGUUCCACGACCAACGGGAUCCUUAACCGGCGUCUGCGCACACCACGAACCGUGUUGCUUUGACCCGAUUACGAGCAUAUCUGUGCCUGCCUCAGCCGAGAGCUCUCGACGCUUCGCCCUCCGUCUGCAACGUAACAGCGGCGCUUAUCUUUCGCAUUGCGUCGCCGAGGAACGCACCCCCUCUGGAGGUCUGCAAACAAGUAAGAGCGGCUCCAAGUUUGUGCAACGGCGACGUUGCUGAAGGCGAGAGGGAAAAAAAACAGAGGAGGCUGUGUGGUUAGCUGAAUGGAAUCUGCAUAACAGGUUAGGCACGCGGUGCAAAUUUGACGGCUUUCUUCGACGACCGUGUCGGGUGCACCGCGGGCCGGCAUUAAUAAGGAGAAAACUAUACGCUACGCGCCCGAUACUGAGGGCGGUCAAGUCAGCGGUGCCGAGUGUGUGAGUAAGUUUGGGCGCCCGUGCCUCGUCGCAGACUGUGCCCCAACGACGUGUGUAAACGAGCGGCGAUAUGGAGAAACGGCUGUGCCAGCAUUGCUUUGGUUGAAUGGGACCCGGCGAUCCAGCGACUCGCCCGAGCCGUGAAACUUGGAUCGGCUGCUUCAUCCGGCUGCUCGCAUCGCACGGCGACCAGUGCGACCCGUCGCUCUACUUGUUCCUCCGUUGGCUGGCAGUCCUGCUGUUCCGUUCCAUUCUGAGCCAGAUGAUGCCCUCUGCGACUGAUGGCAACGCCAGCUUCCUACGGGCUGCUCGUGCUGGUAACCUGGAAAAGGUGUUGGAUUACCUCAAGGGCAGCAUAGACAUCAACACAAGCAAUGCAAAUGGGCUCAAUGCACUUCAUCUGGCUGCUAAGGAAGGCCACGUCAACGUGGUUAGUGAACUGCUCAAGCGUGGAGCUAAUGUUAAUGCUACCACGAAGAAAGGCAACAGUGCUCUGCACAUAGCGUCGCUGGCAGGCCAAGAAGAGGUGGUGAAGCUGCUGGUGCAGAAGCAAGCCAAUGUCAACGUGCAGUCACAGAAUGGCUUCACACCUUUGUACAUGGCCGCUCAGGAGAACCAUGAUGGAGUGGUUCGUUUCCUCCUGGCCAAUGGCGCCAAUCAGAGCCUCGCCACAGAAGAUGGCUUUACCCCCCUGGCAGUGGCAUUGCAACAGGGGCAUGACAAGGUGGUGGCUGUUCUUCUCGAGAAUGAUGCUCGGGGAAAAGUCCGCUUACCAGCGCUGCACAUUGCUUCCAAAAAGGACGACUGCAAAGCAGCUGCCUUGCUGCUACACAGUGAACACAAUCCUGAUGUCACUUCUAAGAGUGGGUUCACUCCACUUCACAUAGCUGCCCAUUAUGGCAACAGUAACAUUGCAUCUCUCCUACUGGAAAAGGGAGCUGAUGUUAACUUUCCAGCUAAGCACCAAAUAACACCAUUACAUGUGGCUGCAAAAUGGGGAAAAAGCAACAUGGUGAAGUUGUUACUUGAAAAGGGAGCGAAAAUUGAUGCCUCCACCAGGGAUGGGCUAACACCUUUGCACUGCGCAGCCCGUAGUGGCCAUGACCAAGUAGUUGAGCAACUGCUUGAGAAGAAUGCUCCCAUUACAGCCAAGACCAAGAAUGGUCUUGCUCCUCUACACAUGGCAUCACAAGGUGAUCAUGUAGACAGUGCUCGCAUCCUACUUUAUCAUAAGGCUCCAGUGGAUGAUGUCACCGUUGACUACUUGACGGCACUUCACGUGGCUGCACAUUGUGGCCAUGUUGGAGUAGCAAAGCUGUUACUGGACCGCAGAGCAGACCCCAACGCACGAGCCCUGAAUGGGUUCACUCCUCUACACAUAGCAUGCAAAAAGAAUCGCAUCAAGGUUGUUGAGCUGUUGCUCAAGCACGGAGCUUCCAUUGAGGCCACCACAGAGUCUGGGCUGACACCCCUGCAUGUGGCUUCAUUCAUGGGCUGCAUGAACAUUGUCAUCUACCUGAUUCAACAUGGAGCCAAUCCAGACAUCCCUACCGUCAGGGGAGAAACACCCCUGCAUUUAGCUGCCCGUGCCAACCAGACAGACAUCAUUCGCAUUCUCCUUCGCAAUGGGGCGCAUGUGGACGCCAAAGCCAGGGAACUGCAGACAGCACUGCACAUAGCUUCACGACUGGGAAAUGCUGACAUGGUGGGACUGCUCCUGCAGCACGGUGCUGCAGUGGAUGCUCCCACCAAGGAUGCUUACACUCCUCUGCACGUAGCAGCCCGUGAGGGUCAAGACGAAGUGGCUGCUCUUCUUCUUGACCAUGGCGCUGCUCUUGCAGCACCAACGAAGAAAGGAUUCACCCCACUCCAUUUGGCAGCCAAAUAUGGCAACCUUAAAGUGGCCCAGCUGUUACUCCAAAAAGAUGCCCCUGUAGAUGCUCAGGGCAAGAAUGGUGUUACACCUCUUCAUGUGGCUGCACAUUACGACCAUGUCAAUGUGGCCCUCUUACUUUUAGAGAAAGGUGCCUCACCCCAUUCGGCAGCACGAAAUGGGUAUACACCACUGCACGUAGCAGCACGCAAGGACCAGAUGGACAUAGCCAGCAGCCUUUUGGAGUACGGAGCCAAGCCGGGAGCUGAGUCACGGGCGGGCUUCACACCUCUGCACUUGGCAGCUCAAGAAGGCCAUGCCGACCUGGCUGCGUUGCUGGUUGAGCAUGGAGCUGACUGUGAUGCCAAGGCCAAGAAUGGGCUGACACCUAUGCACCUGUGCGCUCAAGAGGACAGGGUGGAAGUGGCAACUAUUCUGGCUAAGCAUGGUGCCUCUCUGGAUCCAACAACCAAGGCUGGCUAUACUCCUUUGCAUGUGGCAUGUCAUUUUGGACAGACCAACAUGAUUCGCUUUCUGCUGCGUCAAGGUGCCAACGUGAAUGCCACAACAUCACAUGGCUACACGCCCCUGCACCAGGCAGCUCAGCAAGGGCAUACACUUAUCAUCAACCUGCUGCUUGAACACAGAGCAGCUCCUAAUGCCAUUACCAAUCAAGGGCAAACUGCACUGGCUAUAGCACAGCGUUUAGGCUACAUAUCUGUGGUGGAAACGCUGAAGGUAGUGACCGAAACCAUCGUGACCACUACUACAACAACUGUGACAGAGGAAAAGUAUCGUGUGGUUGCCCCAGAAACUAUGCAUGAAACCUUCAUGAGCGACUCUGAAGAUGAAGCUGCCGAAGACAACAUGCUGGGUGACCAGUCCUUCCGAUAUCUGACAGCUGAUGAAAUGAAGUCUCUCGGUGAUGAUUCUUUGCCAAUUGAUGUCACAAGAGAUGAACGCAUCACCGAAUCUAUUCACAUCACACGAGAACCAGGGCAUUCGGCACCUCUGACACAAGAGGAAGAGCGCCUGUCGCCAACACAGGCCCAUACUACAGAAGCUGUUUUUGUUGGCAACUAUGCGCCAGACAACGUGGACCUAUCCCGGACACCUAUUCAUGCCGGCUCCCUGCUUAGUUGGGACGGUGAUUCCUGCUCCUCUGCCUACGUCCUGUCGCCCACAAAACGCAUGUGGCGCGAAAGUAGCAAGCUAAAGUGGAAGACGUUUCUUGUAAGCUUCAUGGUGGAUGCGCGGGGCGGCGCCAUGCGUGGCUGCCGACACUCUGGUGUUAGGGUGAUCAUCCCGCCUCGCAAGGCACAAAUGCCUAUGCGUAUUACUUGUCGUUACCUGCGCAAAGAGAAGCUUCCUCACCCACCUCCACUGCUUGAAGGAGAAGCUUGUGCCUCUCGCAUCCUUGAGGUUGGGCCUGCAGGAGCCAAGUUCCUAGGGCCAGUGAUUCUGGAAGUGCCUCACUUUGCAUCACUGCGAGGCAAAGAGCGAGAGAUAAGCAUCCUGCGCAGUGACAACGGAGAAACAUGGAAAGAGCAUACUCUUGAGGCUUCUGAGGAAGCCGUUCAAGAAGUUUUAAAUGAGAGCUUUGAAGGCGAAGAACUGAGUGCCUUGGAAGACUUGCAGACGAACCGUAUUGUGCGAAUCCUGACUACGGACUUCCCGCAGUACUUUGCGGUAGUGAGCCGGACUCGACAGGAGGUGCAUGCGGUAGGUCCCGAAGGGGGCCUUCUCAGCUCCACAGUGGUGCCCCAGGUCCAAGCCAUCUUCCCCGAGGGUGCCCUCACCAAGAAGAUCCGCGUGGGCCUCCAGGCUCAGCCAAUUCCUGCAGAGCUGGUGACCAAGCUUUUGGGCCAUCGUGUGGCAGUGAGCCCCAUCGUAACUGUGGAGCCUCGGCGCCGCAAGUUUCACAAGCCAAUAACAUUAACGAUUCCUGUGCCACAAGCAGCAACCAAAGGCAUGAUCAACCAAUAUGCUGGUGAUGCACCCACUCUGCGCCUACUGUGCAGUAUAACAGGUGGUACAAACAAGGCUCAGUGGGAAGAUGUGACUGGGUCAACACCACUUACUUUUGUCAAUGACUGUGUUUCAUUCACCACAACAGUCUCAGCCAGGUUUUGGCUGAUGGACUGCCGGCAAGUGAGUGAGGCAACCAAGUUUGCUACAGAGCUUUAUGCAGAAGCAAUGCACGUACCUUUCAUGGCGAAGUUCGUGGUUUUUGCCAAGCGUCUAGACCCAAUGGAAGCCCAGCUUCGUGUUUUCUGCAUGACAGAUGACAAAGAGGACAAAACUUUAGAAAGUCAAGAGCACUUCACUGAGGUGGCCAAGAGUCGUGAUGUUGAGGUGCUUGAGAAGAAAAGUCAGUAUCUGGAAUUUGGAGGCAAUUUGGUUCCUGUGACAAAGUCAGGCGAGCAGCUGCAGCUCCAGUUCCAGGCCUUUCGAGAGAACAGGCUGCCAUUUUCUGUACGUGUUAAGGAUCCUCACCAGGAACCUCUUGGACGGCUUGCGUUCAUGCGUCAGCCGCGGGCUGCUCGUGCCACAGAACCCCCUCAGGCACCACUCUGUAACCUCAACAUUGCCUUACCCGAGUAUGAAGCCACACAGAACCUCUCGGAGCUGGUUACUCUAGAGAAGAAGUAUGGCUUUGUCGAAGAGACUGGGCUAGCAAAGCCUGAGCUGAUCCACCGUGCAGAUUUGCGGCUCUCGGACAUUGCACGAGAGUUGGGGUCAGACUGGCCAGCAUUGGCAGCACAGUUAGAUGUGCCAGAUCAAGAUGUGGCAUCCAUUCGCACAGAAUGCCCUAGUGACCUGGCUCAGCAAGCACUGUUAAUGCUCCGACUGUGGAUGAAGAGGGCUGGUGGCCGGGCCACAGGAAACAACCUGGAGAAAGGACUGCGGAUGAUCAACCGUGAAGAUAUUGUCAACAAAUGCAUGUUCAAUGUAGAGCUUGUGACUGACGAUGUUGAAAAAGCUGUUGCCAAAGUUCACCUUGACCAGUCCGGGUUCGACACUUUCCGUGAGGAACUGGGGACUCCCAAAGACACAUCACUGAAGAGAGGGAAUGCUACCUUAGACGUCUCUUACGACGAGCAAGACCUCAUGAAGGAGGCCGAGUCGGCGGAAGAGACAAGUAGCGAGACUGGAUCGGUCCAUGAGAAGCACACAGGUUCUGAGGCUAAGGGAACCAGCAAGGCCGUUCCAGGAGACAGCAAAGGAUCUCCAAUAUCAGCGGCAAUUGGUCGCAUUGUGCGAGGAAGUUCGAAGGAGAAGGCAGCUCCCCGGAUGGCUGUCGAAGAGACUUUCGAAGAAGAGCCUGUCUUGAAGACUGAUUCUGCAGAGGUCACUCAACAUGCAGCUGUUGAGACAGGCCCGACAGCUCCUCCUCGAGACCUAAGGAAGAAAAGCAAGAGAGAGAAGAGCCCCAAACCCCAAGGGCCUGACUACAGCCUGCCUAGGAUAAGGGACAGUAUCACACCUGAAAGGGACUUCACCAGUACCACUGAUGCCAUGACUGUCUCAAGCAUCAGAGAGGCUGCAGAUGCCUCCAAAGAGCCAGCUACUGAUGGCAAGCUAAAAAAAGAAAAGAAGAAGGAUAAGAAAGAUAAAAAAGAAAAGAGCCCAAGUCCUCCAGGCCCUGAUUACACUUUGCCCAGAUUGAGGGAUAUGUACACCCCGUCGGACAGUGGAGCUACAGCAGGUUAUUCUCGAAGUACAUUGCCUGAGGAAGAUAUGACACCAAGAAAAGAUAUUGUAAAAACAUUCUCUUUCAAAAGAAAGAGCAAGGAGCGUUCCUUGUCUCCUGACCUAACCAGAGCUGGUAAAAAUGGGUCACUUGGAGCAGAUUUUUCAACAGAAGAACAGGAAAAGCGAGUACAAAAAAGUUCUGAAGGUAGCCUUGUAGAGAAAGUGGAAAAAGUUGUAAAGGAUACUCCUGGGAAAAUUGUUGAAAUAGUCCAUAUUAAGCGACAAAGAAGCAGUAAAAGUCCAGAGGGAACAGGCAGCUUUGCAGGUAAAGAUAAACAGAGGCUUCCUAGUUCUGAAGUUGAGAUUCCUGAUAUGGCUACGAGCCUGAAAGAUAUGUCAAGUGACACAAGUGAUGCUGAAAAGAAGCAUAAAGAACAAAAAGAAACAAGUCCACUGAAGCAGAAAAAGAAAGACCUAAAAGAAGUUACAGAAGCUGUUGACAAAGAUGUCGAGCUUUCUGUCUCUGAUGGCAAAUCACAAGAUACUGGAUUCCUUUCAAAAAUGGCUAAACUCCCCAAGAAAAUGUUUCCACGCAGUGGUAAAGCUAGUGCUUCAGAUGAAGAGCCAUCGUCAAUUUCUGAAAGCAGUCCUAUUUCGAAAAAGAAGUCCGGAAAGUUUCCAAAGUCUGCCACUUUGCCGAAAGCCAGUGAAAAGCCUUCAAAGAAACCCAUACAUGAAAUAAAGAGUGUGGAUGUAGAAGUAGACACAUCUAAAUUUACUUCAAAAAGGUCAAAAGAUGCACUAGCAAAGGAUGGAGAAGACUUAGAAACAAGUACAGGUGACAUAAUUAAAGAAUCAGAUGGUAAAUUCUUUGCAAGAAUGUCCAAACUUCCAAAGAAAAUGUUUCCUCGUAGUUCAAAAACCAGUUCAUCCGAAGAUGAACCUUCCUCAGCAAGUGAAAGUAUUUCUUUAUCAAAACAAAAAGCAAAAAAAGAGCCAAAAGUAGAUGCUACACUCAAGAAAAAAGAAAAGGGCAUUAAGAUCAAACAGGCUGAUACUCAAACAUUGCCAGCUUCCAUUGAUGUAGAUAUUAGCAGUCAUUCGUCAUUGCCCUCUGGGGUGGAUAUUGGUACUAAAAAGAUAGGUAAACCAGAAUUACCGGACAUUGAAAUAAAGAAAAAGAGUAAAAGCAUUAAUAUGCCCGUUCCUUCUGGUGUUGAUGUGGCUGGUUCUGUUGAAGAGGCUGUGGCAGGCAUUGAUAUUAGCGGGAUCAAGUCACUGCCAAAAGAACUGGAUUUUACUGUUGAUGCAAAGCAUCCAGAUAUCAGCUCAGAUGUCGAGCUUUCGCUUACUUCAAAGGAAACUACUCUGGAAUGGCCUGAUAAAGGAGAGGGCACUAUUGAGACCAGUACCCCAGGGCAUGGCAAACUGACAAAGAGUGGUUUCAUGACAAAAAUGGCUAAAAUUCCUAAAAAAAUGUUUCCUCAUAGUUUGAAAGGGGAUGUUUCAGUGGAAGAGAUGUCAGCUGAAAGUAUUCAUGCUUCUGUUCCUGAAACACAACUUACACUAGACACAGACAGUGAGAUGAUCGUAUCUGACACAUUACCAAAAGAACUUUCUGCGAGCAUACCGGAAGGUGUAGAGGGGAGCAUUGAGCUGAGUGCUCAAGACCCGUCUAUGUCAUCUGAGGAAGGCUUCAUCUCAAAGGUGACUAGGCUACCCAGGAAAAUUUUUUCACAUGAUUCUAAGGAUGGUAUUUCAGUAGAAAGACCAUCAGUUGCUAUGAAAGGCGUUGGCAUUGAGUUUUUGCAGCCAGAACUACAGAUAGAAACAAGCGGUAAAGGCAUCAAAGUGCCUCAAACAACAGUUGAUAUCACAUUGCCCACAAAGAAACAGACAGCAGAUCUACCUGACAUACCUGAAGCACAUAUUGAUGCAAGCUUGGACAAGCUGGGCAAAUCAGCAGAACCUCUGGAUGUUCAUGUUAAUAUUCCAAAGGUAGGCGGUAACCUGGGCAUAAAGGCAAACAUUCCAGAUGAGCCUCAAUUAGAUUUUGAUGCACAGCCUGGGAAGGGAGUUUCUGUGGAGAUACCGGAGGGUGUUGGAGGGAGGGUAGAAAUAUCACACCCUGGUGUCCCUAAGCCAUCAGAUGGAGGCUUUAUGGCAAAGAUGGCUAAAUUACCCAAGAAAAUUUUUCCUCAUGGUUCUAAAGGAAGUGUUUCAAUUGAAGCCUCAGAUGCCAUUAGUGAAGCUCAGAUGAAGACUCCUGGAGCUCAGCUUAAGGUGGGUGUAAAAGGUUCUGAAAGAACAGAAUUAGGAGCUGACAUUGGACUUCCUGAUAAAGAAGUGGCUAUGGACUUUUCGGAAGGUGCAGAAGGAAAAGUUGCACUGUCGACUCCAGGAAUUGGCAAAAUGUCUGAUGAAAGCUUCAUGUCAAAGAUGGGCAAGAUUUCCCCUAAAAUAUUUCCUCAUGGCACCAAGGCAGGUGUUUCUGUUGAAGGUGUAGUAGAAGGUCUUGAUGCUCAGGUGAAAAUGCCUGAAGCUCACCUAAAGAUGGAUGUGAAAAGUCCUGAAAAGCCUGAAGUAGAGGCUGUUAUAGGACUGCCUGAUUUGGAAAUGGCCGCAGACAUACCGGAAGGCAUUGAAGGAAAAGUUCAGUUACCGACUCCAGAAAUGGGAAAACCAUCUGAAAAAGGUUUUAUGUCAAAGGUGGCCAAGUUUCCAAAGAAAAUGUUUCCUCAUGGCUCAAAAGGUUCUGUUGAAGGGACACCAGAAAUUGGGGAUAUUCAAGCAAAGGCACCUGAGAUUCAUCUAAAGAUGGAUGUCAAAGGUUAUGAAAAACCGACGAUAGAAAGUGAUGUUAAUCUGCCUGAACAAAAAGUUCCUGACUUGCCAGAAGGCAUGGAAGCAAAAGUUGAAAUGUCAGUCCCAGAAGUUGGCAAACUUUCAGAUAAAGGAUUUAUGUCAAAAAUGGCCAAGCUUCCAAAGAAAAUGUUUCCCCAUGGUUCAAAAGGAAGUGUUUCUGUUGAAGGGACACCAGAAGGCAUUGGUGGUGUUCAGGCAAAGAUGCCUGAAGCUCAUAUUAAGAUGGGCGUGAAAGGUCCUGAAAAGCCUGAACUAGGUGAUAUUACACAGCCCGCUAAGAAAGUGGAUGUUCACCUACCAGAAGGCGUCGAAGGAAAGGUUGAGAUUUCAACACCAGAAGUUGGUAAGCCAUCAGAUAGUGGUUUUAUGUCAAAGAUGGCAAGAUUUCCAAAGAAAAUGUUUCCCCAUGGCUCUAAGGGCAGUGUUUCUAUUGAAGAUGCACCUGAAGUUGAUGUUCAGGUGAAGAUGCCUGAAACUCACCUAAAAAUGGAUGUAAAAGCUCCCGAAAGAUCUGAAGUGGAGGGUGACAUUUUACUAACAGGUAAGACUGUGGCUGUUGGUUCACCAGAAACACUUGAAGGAAAAGUGGAGGUAUCCACCCCUGAAAUUGGCAGGCCAUCAGAUGGAGGAUUUAUGUCGAAAAUGGCCAAGCUUCCUAAAAAAAUGUUUUCCCAUGGCCCAAAAGGAAGUGUUUCUGUUGAAGGGACACCUGAAAGUGUUGGCGAAAUUCAUGUGAAGAUGCCUGCGGUUCACGUUAAGGCAGACGCAGAAGCUUUUGAAAAACCAGAACUAGAAACUGAGACUGCACUGCUUGAUAAAAAAGGGACUGUUGGCGUGCCAGAUGGCAUGGAAGGCAAAGUCGAACUAUCUACUCCAGAAGUCGGCAAGGCACCAGAUGGAGGCUUCAUGUCAAAGAUGGGCAAGCUCCCCAAGCAAAUUCUACCGCACGGUAAAGGAAGUGUUUCAAUCGAAGCACCAGAAGCAAUUACUGGAGCUCAGAUAAAGGUUCCUGAAGCUCAGCUUAACGUAAACAUAAAAGGGCCUGAAAGACCAGAGUUAGAAGCUGAAAUUGAACUUCCUGGUAAAGAAAUGGCUGUUGACUUUUCAGGAGGUGUUGAUGGUAAAGUUGAGGUGUCCACUCCUGAAAUUGGCAGACCAUCAGACGGAGGAUUUAUGUCAAAGAUGGUUAAGUUCCCUAAAAAAUUAUUUCCUCAUGGUACAAAGGGAAGUGUUUCUGUUGAGGGGACACCAGAAGGCAUUGGUGUUCAGGCAAAGAUGCCUGAAGCUCAUAUUAAGAUGGGCGUGAAAGGUCCUGAAAAGCCUGAACUAGGUGAUAUUACACAGCCCGCUAAGAAAGUGGAUGUUCACCUACCAGAAGGCGUCGAAGGAAAGGUUGAGAUUUCAACACCAGAAGUUGGUAAGCCAUCAGAUAGUGGUUUUAUGUCAAAGAUGGCAAGAUUUCCAAAGAAAAUGUUUCCCCAUGGCUCUAAGGGCAGUGUUUCUAUUGAAGAUGCACCUGAAGUUGAUGUUCAGGUGAAGAUGCCUGAAACUCACCUAAAAAUGGAUGUAAAAGCUCCCGAAAGAUCUGAAGUGGAGGGUGACAUUUUACUAACAGGUAAGACUGUGGCUGUUGGUUCACCAGAAACACUUGAAGGAAAAGUGGAGGUAUCCACCCCUGAAAUUGGCAGGCCAUCAGAUGGAGGAUUUAUGUCGAAAAUGGCCAAGCUUCCUAAAAAAAUGUUUUCCCAUGGCCCAAAAGGAAGUGUUUCUGUUGAAGGGACACCUGAAAGUGUUGGCGAAAUUCAUGUGAAGAUGCCUGCGGUUCACGUUAAGGCAGACGCAGAAGCUUUUGAAAAACCAGAACUAGAAACUGAGACUGCACUGCUUGAUAAAAAAGGGACUGUUGGCGUGCCAGAUGGCAUGGAAGGCAAAGUCGAACUAUCUACUCCAGAAGUCGGCAAGGCACCAGAUGGAGGCUUCAUGUCAAAGAUGGGCAAGCUCCCCAAGCAAAUUCUACCGCACGGUAAAGGAAGUGUUUCAAUCGAAGCACCAGAAGCAAUUACUGGAGCUCAGAUAAAGGUUCCUGAAGCUCAGCUUAACGUAAACAUAAAAGGGCCUGAAAGACCAGAGUUAGAAGCUGAAAUUGAACUUCCUGGUAAAGAAAUGGCUGUUGACUUUUCAGGAGGUGUUGAUGGUAAAGUUGAGGUGUCCACUCCUGAAAUUGGCAGACCAUCAGACGGAGGAUUUAUGUCAAAGAUGGUUAAGUUCCCUAAAAAAUUAUUUCCUCAUGGUACAAAGGGAAGUGUUUCUGUUGAGGGGACACCAGAAGGCAUUGGUGAUGUUCAGGUAAGGAUGCCUGAGCCUCAUAUUAAGAUGGAUGUGCAAGGUCCCAAAAAACCAGAAGUUGAAGCUGUGAUUGCAUUUCCUGAUGCAAAAGUGUCUCUUGAUUUGCCAGAAGGCAGAGAAACGAAAAUUGAGGUAGACACUCCAGAAAUAGGUAAACGAUCGGAUCGCGGCUUAAUGUCAAAGAUGGCCACACUUCCCAAGAAAAUGUUUCCUCAUGGCUCAAAGGAAGGUAGUGUCUCUAUUGGGGCACCAGAGGGUGGGGAUGUUGAUCUAAAAAUGCCUGAGGGUCACCUAAAGAUGAACGUUACAGGUAUUGAAAAACCAGACCUUGAAGCAGGCAUUGCAAUGCCAGACAAAAGAGUGGGCAUUGAUUUGCCUGAAGGCAUUGAAGGAAAGAUUGAAAUAUCGGGUCCAGAAAUAGGUAAACCAUCGGAUCGCAGCUUUAUGUCAAAAGUGGCCAAACUUCCCAAGAAAAUGUUUCCUCAUGGCUCAAAGGAAGGUAGUGUCUCUAUUGGGGCACCAGAUAUUGGGGAUGUUGAUCUAAAAUUGCCUGAGGCUCACCUAAAGAUGGACGUGACAGGUAUUGAAAAACCAGUCCUUGAAGCUGACAUUUCAAUGCCAGACAAAAGAGUGGGCAUUGAUUUGCCUGAACGUAUUGAGCGAAAGGUUGAAAUAUCGGGUCCAGAAAUAGGUAAACCAUCGGAUCGCGGCUUUAUGUCAAAGAUGGCCAAACUUCCCAAGAAAAUGUUUCCUCAUGGCUCAAAGGAAGGUAGUGUCUCUAUUGGGGCACCAGAGGGUGGGGAUGUUGAUCUAAAAUUGCCUGAGGGUCACCUAAAGAUGGACGUGACAGGUAUUGAAAAACCAGUCCUUGAAGCUGACAUUGCAACGCCAGACAAAAGAGUGGGCAUUGAUUUGCCUGAAGGUAUUGAGGGAAAGGUUGAAAUAUCAGGUCCAGAAAUAGGUAAACCAUCGGAUCGUGGCUUUAUGUCAAAGAUGGCCAAACUUCCCAAGAAAAUGUUUCCUCAUGGCUCAAAGGAAGGUAGUGUCUCUAUUGGGGCACCAGAUAUUGGGGAUGAUGAUCUAAAAUUGCCUGAGGGUCACCUAAACAUGGACGUGACAGGUAUUGAAAAACCAGUCCUUGAAGCUGACAUUGCAAUGCCAGACAAAAGAGUGGGCAUUGAUUUGCCUGAAGGUAUUGAGGGAAAGGUUGAAAUAUCGAGUCCAGAAAUAGGUAAACCAUCGGAUCGCGGCUUAAUGUCAAAGAUGGCCAAACUUCCCAAGAAAAUGUUUCCUCAUGCCUCAAAGGAAGGUAGUGUCUCUAUUGGGGCACCAGAUGUUGGGGAAGUUGAUCUAAAAUUGCCUGAGGGUCACUUAAAGAUGGACGUGACAGGUAUUGAAAAACCAGUCCUUGAAGCUGACAUUGCAAUGCCAGACAAAAGAGUGGGCAUUGGUUUGCCUGAAGGUAUUGAGGGAAAGUUUGAAAUAUCGGGUCCAGAAAUAGGCAAACCAUCAGAUCGCGGCUUAAUGUCAAAGAUGGCCAAACUUCCCCAAAAAAUGUUUUCUCAUGGCUCAAAAGAAGGUAGUGUCUCUAUUGGGGCACCAGAUGUUGAUUUUGAUGCUGAAAUGCCUGAAGCUCACCUGCAAAUGGAUGUGACAGGUAUUGAAAAGGCAGGACUUGAUGCUGACAUUGCAAUGCCAGACAAAAAAGUGGGCAUUGAUUUGCCUGAAGGUAUUGAGGGAAAGGUUGAAAUAUCGGGUCCAGAAAUAGGUAAACCAUCGGAUCGCGGCUUUAUGUCAAAAAUGGCCAAACUUCCCAAGAAAAUGUUUCCUCAUGGCUCAAAGGAAGGUAGUGUCUCUAUUGGGGCACCAGAGGGUGGGGAUGUUGAUCUAAAAUUGCCUGAGGGUCACCUAAAGAUGGACGUGACAGGUAUUGAAAAACCAGUCCUUGAAGCUGACAUUGCAAUGCCAGACAAAAGAGUGGGUAUUGAUUUGCCUGAAGGUAUUGAGGGAAAGGUUGAAAUAUCGGGUCCAGAAAUAGGUGAACCAUCGGAUGGCAGCUUCAUGGCAAAGAUGGCAAAACUUCCCAAGAAAAUGUUUCCUCAUGGCUCAAAGGAAGGUAGUAUCUCUGUUGGGGCACCAGAGGUUGGGAAUGUUGAUGCGAAAAUUCCUGAAGCUCAUCUGAAAAUUGGUGUAAAAGGGGCUGAAAUGCCUAGGCUUGAAGCUGAAAGUGACAUUGGAAUUCCUGAUAAGACAGUGAGUGCUGAUUUCCCAAAAGGCAUUGAAGGGAAAGUUGAAAUAUCAAGUCCAGGCAUAGGUAAGCCAUCUGAAGGUGGAUUUAUGUCAAAGAUGGCCAAAUUUCCCAAGAAAAUGUUUCCUCAUGGCUCAAAGGAAGGUAGUAUUUUUAUCGAAGGUGUACCAGGAGUUGGUGAGGUUGAUGUAAAAGUGCCUGAGGGUCACCUGAAGAUAGAUGUGACAGGUAUUGAAAAGUCAGGACUGGAAGCUGGCAUAGGAAUUUCUGAUGAAACAGUGGAUGUUGAUUUGCCAGAAAGUGUUGAGGGAAAAGUUGAAAUGUCUGCUCCAGAAAUAGGUAAGCAAUCUGAUAAAGGAUUUAUGUCGAGGAUGGUCAAACUUCCCCAAAAAAUGUUUUCUCAUAGCUCCAAAGGAAGCAUAUCUUUUGAAAAACCACCAGAAGUUGGUAGCAGUGUUCCGGUGAAAUUGCCUGAAACUCGCCCAAAGGUGCAUUUGAAAGAUCAUGAAAGACCUGAGGUAGACGUGGAUGUUUCAUUACCGGAAGUGUCUGCAGGUGUACCUGAGGGUAUUGAAGGAAAACUCGGAAUAACAACUCCAGAACUUGGGAAGCCAGCUGGCAGUGGAUCUAUGAUGAAGAUAGACAAUGUUUCUUCAAAAAUGCUUUUGCAUAGCCCUAAGAGAAAGGAUUUCGUUGAAAGCUCCUCUGGAUUGGUUGAGCAUGUUCCAGUAAAAGUACCUGAAGCUGAUUUGGGAGUGGAUGUUGAGGGUUUUGUAAAUACUGAAGGUGAUGUUUUGAGAGGGAGGAAGGUCACUAUGGAUUUAACCGGGGGUAUUGGAGGGGAUUCUGAAAUAGCUGUUGCGGAGGAUGGUAGGUUCAUGUCAAAGAUGGCUAAAAUUCCUAAAAAGGUGUUUCCUCACAGCUCCAAGGGAGAAGUUUCUCUUGAAAGUUCCCUAGAACUUGUCAGGGAUGUUCAGGCUGAGUUACCGGACACUCACGUAAAGUUACAUUUGAAAGAUGAACAGCCUGUAGCAGAAGGAGGCAUUUUGUUGCCUGAGAGUGAAGUUACUUUGGACUUGGCUGGUGGCAUUGAAGGGAAAGUUGAAGCAACAACACCAGAAGUUGGCAAGUCAUCAGAUACAGGCUUUGUUUCAAAAAUCUCUAAGCUGCCUAAAAAGCUGCUCCCUCAUGGCAAAAAGGCUGGGACUUUCUUUGAAGAGCCUAUAGUAACUGCUGAAAGUGCUCAUGUUGACAUUCCUCAACCUGAAGGAACCCUGAAGAUAGAAGCCAAGCUUCCAACAAAACGAGAAGCAAGCACAGAUAUUGAAGUUCCUGCCGUCACUUUAGAAGGUGUUGCAGGAAAGUCGGAAGUGGAUGUUCCAGAAAUUGGGAAAGCAUCUGACAAAGGUUUCAUGUCAAAAAUGGCCAAGUUUCCCAAAAAAAUGUUCCACCAUGGUUCUAAAGAUAGUGGUUCAACCGAUGAGCAUACAACAGUAGCUGAGGCUAUUGAGAUCAAGAUGCCUGAGGUGGGAGUGGAGCUGCAUACCCAUUUAAAGACCACCAAAAAGCCAGAAGCAGAUGUCAGUAUUUCAGUAUAUGAAAAGGAAGGCACUGUGAAGCUGCCAGAAGGGAGCAAAGGAGGAAUUGAAAUAAGCACCCCAAAGCUAGUUGGGGAGCACGUUCCUGAUGGGUCUACUCAAGGUGCUGACAUUGUGCUGCCAGGAAUCGAGCGGCCCACUAUGGAAAGACGGGAAACAAAGGAAACCCCUGGUGGGGUUGUUGAAGUCAUCGAAGUGACCACUCACGAAGUUUCAAAGCCAUCAAGCCCUGGUCUCCUGUCAAAAGUAUCGAAGAUUCCCAAGAAGAUAUUUCCACGUGGCUCAAAGUCAAAGAGUUCGGAUGAGGAGUCACCGUCAACACCAAAACGAGAGUUGAAGGAAACACCAGGUGGCAUUGUUGAAGUAAUUGAAGUUACAAAACAUGAUGUUGCCAAAGCGCCUGAAGGCAAGCGUCUGGAGCAAGAUGGCACAAAAAUAUUACAGCCAGCAUCACCCAAAACUGUGGCUAGUAACAUAGAAGGAUUUUCACCAGCUCAUAUGACACGAGAGAUAAAAGAAGUACCUGGUGGAGUUGUUGAAGUCGUCAGAGUUACAAAGCAUGUUGUUGGUAAACUUCCUGAAGACAAGCAUUCCAGUGAAUCAAGUAGAAGAAUGGUGGAUCCAGCCAUUCCAUGGGAAGCAGAGCUAGCCAAAGAUCCAUCAGCUGUAGUCAAGCGCGAAGUGAAAGAGACUCCAGAAGGCCAUGUUGAAGUGGUGCAGGUCAUCAGAAGGGAAGUUGGGGAUGCACCCUUGGUCUCUGACUUUCCUGGAGAUGGGUCAGAUGCAACUGUUUCUCGAAGGAUUGAAACUACCGUUGUUGAUGGUAAACCAACCAUUAUUAGGCGACUAGUGACGACAACAUCUGAUGGUAUUCAGCAAGUCACGGAGCACAUUGAGCAAGGGGCAGAAGAACUUGGAAGUACAGCAAGCAGCUUAUUUGCAAAGAUGGGUGAAUUUGCAAGAGGCUUAUCCAGUGACGAUCCAUCAGCUUUGACAAAACGAGAAGUAAAAAAACUUUCAGAUGGUUCUGUUGAAGUUGUGUCAAUUACAAAGCGCUCUAGUUCUUCACCAGGGAAAGAAACUACUGCCACAGAGCGCCUGCCCUCAAGCACUUCAGGCUCCAUGCACUUUGUAGAAAGUGCAGCUGGAAAGCCUACGGAGGCAAAGACAGCCAUUCUUAGAAGAGAGAUUUCUGGACCUGAAACGAUUCUAUGUACUACAUCAGUUGUGACGUCAGCCACAACAUCAAGUUCAUCGAAGCCAGAACUCUCAGCUGAUGUUCUUGACAAGAUGUUUGGUGACAUAGGAAAGCCUAAAGUGGACGAUCGGCUCAAGGAUGUUCUUACUGCAGAAGGAGGCUAUGGAGCCAAAAGAGAAGUUACACCCGAAGAAGCAGAGCUUUUGGCACAACUUUUCCCUGAGCAGUCAUCAGGGGUGGCUCCAUAUCCUCCUGCUGGCUUAGUUCCUGAGGCUGCGAUCAUUCCAGAAUAUAGAUCUAUGAUGACAACUGGAGGCCCACCUCUAUCACCUCGUGACCCUGAGUCCAAGGAAAAAGUGUUGCUGAAGUUGGGGCGGGCACUCAGCCAGGAUGACCUGGAUGCACCAUCUCCAACCCGAGGGGAAGCAGCCAUGACGGUCGCAGGACUGGGUGAAGCAGUGGACGUAUCUGAUCAAGUUGAAGAGCCAGCAGUCGAGAAACUUGAACUGGCACGUCGUGAAAGCAAGCGCUACAGCCGAGAGUUUGAACAAGAUGAACCAUUACCAAAGGCAAUGGGAUUGAAGACAAAGCCUUCAGAAGAAACAGUUGUGAGCUCCACACAGGUGAAGGGCAUUCAUGACAAUGGCACUGUUAAGCACACAGUCACUACAGUUACGAAGACCACUAUCAUUCAAGAAGUAGAAGAGCCCACUGGAGCCCCUCGGCCUGGCGAGUCCGAAACAUGGGCAUCAGAUCUGGACACCAGCCAGGUUUCAGUAUCUAGCCUCCCAGAGGAUGAGCGAACAGAACCAACAUUAUCAAGUAGUGCCACCACUGCCACAGCUGACGUUGAGGCCCUAUCAGGACCCCUUGCUCGCACCCAGGUGGAAGAAAAAGAAUGGACUGAAACUGACCCAGAUUCAGGAGAAGUGCGCCACAUUAUUAGCAAGACAACACACACUACAGUGACAUCAGUGAAACCGGGAGAAGGUGCACCUAGGGGCGACACCAUGUCUACCAGCGUAACUCGGUCAUCUAAAGGCGGCCGUGGUGACUCAGCAGCCAGCGCGCCUUCAAGUCAUGAUGAAGCAGAGUCUCUCACAUUCUGCCAGAAGAAAGAGUUUUUCGAGAAGCUAUCUGAACAGUCACCACUGCAGGAAACUCUUAGUUCAAGAUUGGGGAGCACACCCUCUUUGGACACGGCACUGACACGACCUGUCGUGACUGUCAAGCCACGACCUCGCUCAGAGAGCCUUACUUCACAGGGAGAAAUUAUUGAAGAAAACAUAGUUUUUGCUGAACGGUUAAGACUAUUUCAAAAUGGGGCCCAGGCAAGCUCAUCGUCAGGUGCCAACCUGCCCCAUCUUGACCUAAUGGAUCAAAGACGUCAGAGUAGAGAUGAAAGGCUGCAAGGUUUACCAGAAAUGACUGAUUCAUUGCAGCAGCAAUCUUCUGAAGUGUUCACAGGCCAGCAGGAUACUGAUGGAAAGAGUGACACAAGAUUGCUUGUGCACACAAGUGAUGCUGAUAAGGAGGCCUUUGAUGUGUGUUCUGUGCAAUCAUCUGAAGACACUGGUGAUCAGCAGUUCUCUCGAAUGAGAGUUCGAAUGCCAGCUACUGAAGAAUUUGUUAGUAAAGCACCCAAAUCUAGCUGUGGUCUACGUGGAGAGAAACCUUCACCUCUGCGUGAUGCUUACAAAGAAUCCUUAACAUCUCAACAAGAAGGUAGCCAUAUCGGUAAGCCUUCUCAACUUGCUGCUUUAAGCGAUGAUUCUACUAACAAAGAUUUAACUGUAUCUGGAAGGCAACUUUUCACAGAACAGAAAACUUCUUUACUUAGUUCACAGUCACACAUGCUUGCUUCAGGUCUUCAAAUGGGUGUUGUGGCUGGAUCAGGAAUAUUGCAAAAGGGCAUUGAAGCAAGCUCCCAAAGUGCAAUAUUUGAGACAUUAAGCUCAUCACCCACUGAACUGAGAGGUUUAGAUUCACAGGCAAUGAGUGAAAUUCCUACAAAUCAAGGUCUUACAAGGGCUAUGGAACAGGUUAGGGGAAAAGACAUGGGAGAUGUUGGUGCAGUUGUAGCUGCAGCACCCAUUGCAGUUCUGCCAGCUGGUGACUUCAUCUCUGGGAAGCAGAUUGAAAUGCUUGAUAUGUCUCAUGUUACUGAGGAGUCAAGCCUAUUUGAAAUGUGUGCUGAUUUGCCAGAUCAAGUUGGAAUAUCACAGCCAUCUACAAAGGAAAAAACCAUGAUGAAAACAGAAUAUGCUGACAUACAGCACAAGCUCUCAUCAGCAUUUGGAGAAAGCCGUGCUGUGGUAGAUACUAAAGGUAGCGCCACUCAAGAUGUUCCAAAAGAAGUGCUUGCAGCAUUUGAUAGAUCUAAUGAAGAGGUCAUGGUCAUGAAGUCAGACAAGUACUGUGAACAUGGUGCACAUAUUUCGGACAUACCACAAGGCUCGUUGCCACACGACUUUAUUCCUGUAAAAAAUGAAAGCAUGCUUUGUGAGGAAACAGCAGAGCAUUUUGCGCCAGAUACAGCCAGAGAAACCAGCAUUUCAUUGGACUCUACCCAUGUUCAUCUCACUACAAAGGAGCUAAAAACUUGUGCUAGCAAAGAAUUUGUUGAAGAACAAGAAAGUGAAGAAAAGCUUGAAAGCUUAGUUGCUCUAAGCUCUCACCAAGCCAGCAAGUUGGAAGAAAAAAAUGAUGACAGCUAUGAAAAAAGUGUCAAAGAAUUCGUUGCUGUUUUGGAAGAUCAAGAAACAUUUCCUGUUGGUGAAUUGUCAGAGUUGAAACCUACAGUUACAGCCUAUGAGCCUCAUUUUUAUGCUUCAGAGAUUGACUCCAAAUGUGUACUUGAUAAAAACAAGAAAGAAGAUGAGGCUGGUAGCAGUAUCCAAGAUGUUUCUGAGAUUUCUGAGCAUCAUAGUGAUGAUUCUUAUUCUAUUGUAAUUGACAAAAAGUCAGGUGUAUUUAUUGGCAGUCAAGACACAACAGAGGAGCUUAAAACUGUGUUGAGAGAUCCUGAUUGUGAGGAGAGCUCAAAAGUUGUCUCUGAGCCUUUUUUUGGAGUGAAAAAAGAGAUGUGUCUUGGCAGCUUAGAUCUUCACAUCGAGCCUUGUACCCAGCUAGGAACAGUAUCACCAAAACAGCCAUGUGAAGAGCAUAGUUCUGACAUUACAGUAAGCAGUAAAGGUGAGCAUUCUUUGAUUGUUGAAGAUGUGAGCAUUUCUCCAAAAAUCAAUGCAAUAGACACACAAAUUUCUUCCCAAAGUGCUGCCACUAAAUAUGAAGAAUUUCCAGAACAAGCUUCAGAAAUAACCACUGAUAUGCCUUCUGAGGCUGUUGACAGUAAUAAUUUGUACCAGGAUAAAGUGCACUUUCAAGCAAUUACUGCUCAUCAUGAAAAUACCAGUGAAAUUCCAUAUUCUUCUGACGAGGACCAACAGAAGGAACUUUCCAGAUAUAAAGAAGUAGAGUUGUCAAUACCUUUUUUACGUGGGGGCUCAUCAUCCUUAGAAGACGAAGCUGAAGAUGGGGGCAGUUUUUCAAGUGCUGACCUACAAGCUGAGAAGAUUGCAGAAUUUUUAACCAUGGACCCUAGUACAGUUAGCAAGGCAAUACAUUUUCCUCAGAUUUUUCAGGAUCAUGAUAUACCUGCACAAAAAGGUCCUGCUGCUUCAGCUGACACUAUGACAAAUGUGGAAAAACAUGUCGACUUUGUUUUGCAUGAAAAGACUGUGGAGGCACCUUCUUAUGUGCCCUUACAGUCAGACAGGCAAGCAGAAAUUGAAGAGGCCAGCCGCAUUGUGGAAAGUGUUGUGCAUAUAGCCAGCACAUUUGUGGAGUCGCUUAAUGAAGUUGCCCCCGAGGCCAGCCUCAAGGAAGAUAUACCUGAUAGCGGUCCUUCAUAUGUUGUUGGGAGCCCCCCUGAAAGGUCGGAAGUCAGUGAGACCUUGUCACAUGGAGGCACCCCAUCAGCCAUAGAGAAAGACCACAAGGAGAGCCUUUUUGGAGUCAAAGAAAUGUAUGAAGUGUUGAAGGAAAGCCGUGUAGAAGAUCGAAUUCAUUACUCUGUCACUAGCCUGGGAGAUCCUUUCAUUGCUGAUGAGGCAGAUGAGGACCAAGAGCGGAGAAGACGUGGCUCACCAACAGCCGAGUCCUUGGAUGAUCAGGCACAAAUUGAAAAAUGCAGUCGUGAAGUCAUGAUGCAAUUAUUGGACGGGUUUUCACAGAGCGAUGUGGAGCUCGCUGAAGUGCGAACUGAAGACGAAGCGCCGGACAUAGAAGAUGACGUCCCCUCACCUGAGGCUGGCUCGCAAGAGGAGAAAUCUGUGCCUUCGUCACAGGACAACAGCGGAGACCUCCAACCGCAAUUGUCUACAGAAGUGGAAAUCGGCAGUCAGGCAAGUGGUGCACUAGCUCCACUCUCCGAGCUUGAUUACGAGCUGUGCCCAGAUGUGGACCAGUUGCGCACCUCUGGGGAUGAAGCUGUGUUGGCCAGGGUACCGCCGCUGGAUCCAGAGCGCGACGAAGCAGUGGCCGAGUCGUCCCACACGCCAUCGGCGGCUGCCGACCCGGCGACGUCGGCGGGGCGCAGAGCGGGGGGUCGGGAGCGCUCACCACUUCUCGAGGCUUCUCCACCCGAAGAGACCGCCUACUGCCCUGCGCAAGACAUAUCGCCUGCGCAAGAGUAUCCUGAGUAUUUGACACCAGAUAUGCAAGUGCGCGUUGGUGUGUCACCGACUGAGGUACAGCCAGCCAAAGAGAAGCCAGUCAGGUACUCUGAGUCGUCAUUGGAGUCGUCAUCUGAAGUAGGGUUGCCAUGUCCGCCUGGACAAGGAGGAAUCGCUAUGGCUUUUGAGAAUGUCGCUUUUGCCGGUGAAGAUAUUAUCGACGCUACGUCAUCGCCAGUUGAAAAGUCAUCGAGCCCGACAGGUAGUCGGAGUCCAUACGAAGUUGUUCGUGACACACUUACUGAGGAAACAGCAGAAGCUGCACAUGUAAAAGAAGAGACCUUGUAUCACGUGGGGCAAGAAGUCCACCCUCGUCCGCAGUCGCUGGUGGCUGAGGAAUGCAAUGAACAAAUAGAGCAGCAGAUGAAGUCCACCAUCUUCAAUGAAGCGUUUGAUCAUUCACCAAAAGAGAGUGCCCCAGAGAAAAAAGAAUUGUCAGAGGGGCUUCUUGGUGUUGGUUUUCUCACAGUAUCGGGCAUGACUGCCCGAACACCUGAAUCACGUCGUGGUGACAGUGACGAAGACGAAGAAGAAUGGGCGGAUCAUGUAAUGUCGAAGAUUCGAGGCCGACCGAUACCAUCUACUCCUCCGGCCUCUCCACGAGCUGUGCAGAGCGUUGAAGUACAUGAUGAGCAGGUCACUUGGGAAACACCGGCUGCAGAAAAAAAGGAUGUUCACAGAGGUUUAGUCUCUGGCGUGACAGCUAACGAAGAAACUAUAGUAAAGCGUGAUGAAAGUGCUGCCGUAGACGAUGUUGACGCACCACAGCCACAAUUCCAAGAAGUGAUACGUUCUACUGAUGGCAAGCGACCUCAAUUGGAGCAUAUUCCUUCUGAAAUAUCAGACGAGGAUCUCGUAGAAAGAGAACAGUCUCCAACGCAUAUUACAGCAACAUGUCGAGGAGACAGGAAAGACUCGUCCUCUGACCGCAAUUCAUCUCCAGAUAGCGAUGGUCCUAAGGCAUGUGGAUCACACCGUCGCUCAGCCUCUGGAGUUGGUGCUAUUGUUCUUGAAAGUGGUGAACCUCAGAAGGGCGACAGUAGUGACAAGUACUCAGAGGAGAGUAGGGACCAAAGCACCCAAGAAUUUGACAAGAUAACCGAAGAACCCGAAGGUGACAUGUCUGUUAUAGAAGAGGAGGUUCUCGUGGAGUCUAGCACAAAUGUUUUUUCGUACGAUGAUGGAAAUGAAAUGGGUACGCACCUUACUGGUACACUUUCGCCAGACUUGGACUCGCCACCAAAAAAGAAAGACGGAGACGAUGGAUCAAUAAGUGGGAAACUAGAUGCUGCCUCUCCUGUUGUGCUAAGGUCCAAAUCCAAAAGAAGAGAAAAGAAAAGUGAAAAGAGGUCGUCGCGGGACAUGGACACUGGUCAUUCUGGGUCUGAAACUGACCACAGCCAUUAUUAUUCUUUUGAAGUGACGUCAGAUUCUGGUAAAACACCUGGCCCUAGUCGGCCAACAUCAUCCGAGUUUGAUGUAAACAUACUAAGUGGACAAGCGUCCUCAGAGUACGAGACGUGUGCCACAUCACAAGAUGGUGAAGUGUCUGGGUCUUACGCUACCGCAGCAGCAUCAUCUCACGACACAUCCUUUGCAACGGCGCGUUCAUCUUUGAGUGGGAGCUCGCGUGGCUCUGCUUAUUCUGUCGACUCCGAGAGCUCUGGGCACCUAGGAAGCAUGGAAGUUUCUGAAGCAAGUGAAACAAUUGUUGCUUCUGCGCAUGAAGAACUCGAUUCUGACAACGAAUCGGAACGAUCAAAAUCUGUCCUUCGGGAACCUUACGAUGGAGAAAUACCUGAAUCAGUGAUUCGUGGUGGAGUAGAACAUCCAUUUUUGCCUAGCUGGCAGCCACUUGCCAAAGAGGCAGCCCCAAAGCUCUAUGUACCUGUCGGUGCCCGUCCAUUGACUUCUGAAGCUGCCUUGAGCCAAGGCCACAGUGCAGUACCAGUAGAACCAGAACGCAGCUGCACUGGAUGGCCGUCUGCCAGCUCGUCUAGUGCUCAAAGCAACACUAGUAGAAGCACUUCCAAGACAGAAAUUUUGAACGGAACGGGUUCUUCAGCAUCGCUUGACGGACAGCGUCGGCUUCGUUAUAAUGAUGACUAUAUGGCAAGCAGUCACGAAGAAGAACAACUCUCGGUGUCGGAAAGCUCGGCCACGCAGAGCGAGCACACGUGGCAGACUAGCUUAGAGACCAUGGUAGAUGCCGUGGAAGCGCAGCGCCUUUCUUGUGAGAGGGAAUUUAAUCACCGACAGUCAACAAUUCAAAACUCAGUUUCGUUGCCCUUUGAUGAUGCGGCGGCUGAAGGCGCAGAAGCUGAGCGUAGCACUGGCAAUGAUCGUGCCACUCCCCCGUUUCAGGAAGUAAACGGCCCUGUGGAAGUGGAAUACGUGCCAGAGUAUGACGACCUUACUGCUCGAACUCUGCGACCUGUUCUAGAGCAGAAUAUUUCUGCAGGUCAAACAGACAUGCAGGGUUCAAUUGGGACACCGGAAGCAUCGCAUGGUGAAGUUUCUUUUAGCCGUGUGCUUGAUGAACAGGAAGAUAACAUGGAACUAAGGGAGGAGGGCUUCUAUGCAGAAACGUUCCAGGGAGAUCUGUCGUCUGAAGAAGUAGAAAGUGCAGCAGACGUAAGAUUAUUGCAGAGUAGAUCUCCCUGUUCCUACAAUGAAUACUGUGAUAACGUGACCAGAUACCUUGACUCAGACGUGUGUCCUGAGGUCAAAAACAUUUCGUUAAGGGAACAUUUUGAAUGCCCAGCCUCACCAGAACCUGUAGAUGGAGUAGAUGUUGAAGAUCACAAACCAAACACAUCACAAGGGCACUGCAAUGAUGACAAUGGUGACAGUUCUCAUCAUAUCAACGUUGAGGCACCGAUGUGUUAUGAUAAAAGAGAAAUUAAACAGGACUGCUCUGAAGGCAAUCGCUGCAACUUCCUGGCCGGCACAGGAAGUUACUCAGUCCAAGACCAGCCUCGUUCCGAAACUGCGUCGUCUAGUUCUGGAAGGGAUACAGCCGAUGACAUCAAGCUUUACACUAGCAAAUGUGAAGACUAUAUUCUUCAGAUGCGUCAAACUUGCAAGUACGGCGUUGGUCUUUCAAAUACAUCGGAUGAAAGCUCUUAUCUUCCAGAAGAGGGUAUGGAUGUGGAAAAUGUCAAACUGCUAGCCAGUCGACUGCAGGAAGGAAAUGUAAGCCACCAGGACUUUCCAUACGAUUUAUCUUAUGAGCAUGAGUACGUCGGAGAUGCCAGAGUAGAACACGGUGACCUAUAUACUCACCAAGAAGUAGAGGAGGAUGCAGAUGACGACGAGCGCACUCGUUUGCAUGGUAGAAGGCGUCUUAGCCCAAUAUCAGAUGAGCGUGGGUCGACGCCAGAUUACGAUACUCUUGGUGGACGCAAGACAUUUGGGAAAGGUAGCGAAAAGGACGAUGCUUCCACCUCCUCUUUGAUGGAAUUCGAGAGACUUGAAGCUGAGAUGGCAUCAGGCGCAAAAUCAUCGAGCGUCGGAUCAAGUGAUUCAUUUAGUGGUCGUCAGCAGCAGAUCCGUAACGGUACAGGCAGCGAGCAAGACAGUGUAUCUGUAAACUCGCUUACAGAAUUUGAACGGCUUGAAAAAGAAAUAGUAGAAGCUGAAGGGGUAGACACCCGACUACGUGGAGAAGCUGUACCAAAGCUUGAUGAAAUCGACGAGGGUCACGAAAGCCAAGCCUCAGAUCCAGGGCAUGAAACUAUCGUGUACGAUGAAAAUUGCAUAACUUUAUCGCGAGAAAUAACUGUGGAGAGUACUGUUAAGGAAGAAUGUGAUGGAACGGGUGAUAACACACAUUUGGAAGGAAUUCUAGCUUCAAACGAGCAAGACGUUUCUUUGUACAGGACGGAAAGACACUUUCUAACUACACGGACUGAAAGCGGUCACUCGGUGGAUAGCGUUGAUAGACAAAGCUCUGCAUCUACUGCAACGCAGUUUGACGCCGACUCUUUGAGGGACAGGGAAAUUGACGAUUCUGAAUCGAAUUUCGGCCCUGAAACUCCUGGUUGGACACAAAAAGAGUGCACAGAUCUGGACUCGAUGCAUGAUUCACUUCAUGACUCCGAACGCUAUGAUUCCCUUCAGGAGGCUUUAAGUAGAGACAAGGAUUCAUUGCAACUAAGAGAACCAUCUGCUGAGGCUGACUCCUUGCAGGAUGAUUGCAAUGAUUUGCAAGAUUCCUUGUAUGAAGCUCGUGACAUUGAAUGGGACUCUGUUCGAACCGAAGAUGAUCCUUCUCACAAUUGGCAGCAAUUCUCAAGCCAGAUUCGCACAACGGAACUAUCGCCAACAUUAUCUCGACCUGCAUCUUCGCCACUUGUUGCUCCAGUUGUUGUGGAACGUAUUGACACGCUCACAUGGGUUGACCAAGACUCAACGAAGGCUGUCAUUGCAGAUGAAGAGUUGCUAGAUCGACCUCAAGAGGGUCCGCGAACUGAUGCGCUUGUCUCAAGCACCGACUCCCUGGAGCCUAGUAGUUCUGCAAAUACGCAUGCGACGUAUCAGUGCGAUACUGAUUCAAUGAUGUCCAGCCUCAAUUCUGCUGAUGAAUCGACCAUGGUUUCUAGCACAGACACAUUGGACCAUGAAGCAUUACAUUUUGCCACUUCAGGCAAGCCAUUGCACCUUGAGAGCAGCCUUCAAAUGGAAGGAGACAUCACAGAGGAACACUUGGAUUAUGUCACCACAGAUCAUAGUCAUAAUAAGCGAAAGCCGGCCGUAGAAGGCAAAUCAGCCGAUGACAUCGAGGAGCGCUUUCGGGAAUGCUUGCUGCGUUCAGCCACUUCACCAGUAGAUGAAGAGCAAGUUGAGGAGCGCCAAAUGAUUGAUGAAAAAGGAAACUUAAUCGUUACACGGACUGUGAAACGGCACGUGACAUCAGAGCCGCGGCUGCACGCGCAAACAUUUGCAGGUCCAGAUGCCGAGCAGCGAAGUCGCGACUUUGUCGCUUCGUUUUCUUCCAUCGAACCGUCAUCAGAAAAGGACGAAUGUGAAGGUUUUGACGCAGCUGGUAACACAAUCCGCGUGACACAGCAUGUGCUAGUGCGGCCUAUAGUGAAGACUGUCACGUUCUCAGGCCCAGAUGCACAGCUACAGAUGCAAGAGUACAUGCGCAACCUGGCUGGCGGCCAACAGUCGUCGGCUGAGAACACACCGACAUCCGACUCUGGUGUUGGUGUCUGCACAUCGCUGGCCAGCCCUCCGCCCUUAGUGCCCGACCCCCCCGCAACAGCGCCCUCGUCUGCUUGCCCUGGGCUUCAACGCUUGUCAGGCGGGGACCAUUGGAUGGAAGCAGAGUCAGCUUUGGAUGACUCUUCGCGACCAGUCACUGCUACUCGCGUCAUCACGACGCGCACUACGCGCACCGUGGGUCCGGACGGCCGAGAACAGCUGGUGACAACCACAACCGAGGAGGGGGCUGGUGGCGACGAACCAGAGUUGCGCCUGCGCCGCAGCAUGCAAGGGGUCCUGGAUAGCUUCAUGGCGGACCCAUCUGCACCUCCACCGCAUUCUGACGAGGAGUGAAGUCCCCGCCGGCGUGCCGCACAUCUUCGCUCUCUGUAACCCCGUAGCACACAUCGUACAGAAAGUCUUGUUUUGCACACGGGCCGCCGCUUCGCAGAAUCGCGUUCCCCAGUAUAUCUCGUGGCCGAGCCUUCUGCAGCAUUUGGCCUAAUGUGCUUUCUUCAGAUGAGGGAAGAACAGAUCGCUCGCCCCGAUAUAUUCGCUUAUAGGCCGGUUCUCACUGCCUCUGGUGAUGAUGCUGUGACACAGCGUCACAUUUACCUCGUCUCAUCGCUUGUCGCACUGUGACUCGACGACAUCUCACUAUUGGCGUUUCACUCAUCAGUACUAACUCAGUUAUUGAUUCAGUGUUUGGAACUCUCUGAUGUCGAUAUUCAUGGACAUGGUUGGCGCUGUCUUUGGAGCCUCGCAGCGCCUUACGUUUGCUUGUUUGCGUCGCAUUAGGAAUGCAAAGCAUCGUAUUGAAGCAGUGCAGUAUGUUAGGCGUCAUCGUACUACGUGCACGUUCUUUUCUCGCCGAGGUGGGGCGAUCAUGUUCUGUCGUUGUGGUGGUUUAGGUUUUUAGCACUGACCUGCGCUUAGGGCCGUGAUGUGUUCGACCUUUCGCGCUAUUUUUUUGUUGUUCCUGGUGCGUCAUGUAUGUAAAAGUUAGGGCCACUGGGCACCGUGGUUGAAGUGAGUAGCUCGCGUCUGGCUCUCAUUGUGUGCGAGCUUUGUCUGGUGCACGUGGCGAUGCUAGCGGAGUGCUUUUAAGGCACAAGUACAGUGCAGUCUGCGGCUUUUCAUGGCCUUUACUUGUGGAGCGCUGCGUGCAGAUCACGCUUGAGCGAUAGGGGAUUUAUCACACUGUUUAUGUAAUCUCACGUGCAUGUUCUUGGCUUUCAAUAAAAUGCAUUUUGGCUUACGUUGA